AUGAAGCAAGAUAAGGAAGCCAGUGUCAACAACUGGGGCACUCCUCAUGCCUUUCACUUGAACCUGCCACCCAACCACUUGGACGAGGAUGGAGUCCCAUACAUCACCAAGUUCGCCCACAAAAAGGCCCGCAUGAUUGUGGAGCUGGCCAUGUCCAUCAAUAUUUGCGAGGAAAUGUUUGCUGAGGCAGAUAAUGAAGCCAUGGAUAUUGACGAAGAAGGCGAAGAGGAGACGGAUGAUUCCAAGCAGACCUUGGGCUCGUUGAUUACAACAUGUAACAGACUGCAAUCUCAGCUGUCGAUUCUUGAAAGCUUGAAACACAGUGGCAUUGAGCAAGAGGAACUGUGUGAGAUUAUUCUGCAUUUUCUUAGGCUGCUGUCGGCUACUGUCACCUAUGAGCCCAGCGAAACGGACCCAUCACAACGAAAGGCGACACUUCAUUAUGAAAAUGUGGGUUAUUUGUAUAGGGCUGGUGAUGAUGAUUCAGCCUUGGCAUAUCAAAAUCCGUCGAGUGACGUGCAGCUGGAGGACGAACUCACGCAGGAAUUUGCCAUGCCAGCACCAGCUAGAGAAGUCCUACUUUUCUUUCUCAUCAACCUUCUCGGAAACAAAGGGCCCUUGAGGUCCGUGUCGAAUGCUUCCGUCUAUCUUGAUAACACGGCAACCCAAACACCCAGAUUCAUGUUGAUUGUACAUUGGAAACCAUUGUUGAGGAUGUUCCUACGCACGGCGCCAUACCUUGACGAACACAAAGUGGGAAAGGUACCAUCGAAUUCCAACUCUAGACAGAGCACUACGCUACAAAGAACCGUCCAGUUGAUUCGGGAUGCCCGCCACUUCUUUGAUCAAGGGUUUCGCCCACCGUCCUCAACGGAUCUGCCACACCUUGAAUUGGACCGAACGGCCAAGGAGAUCUGGUCCAUGGUCAAAACUGACGUCAAAUUCCACUCCCACACCCACGCGUGCUACCGAUCAUCAAUCAUCCUUUAUCUGUUCCAACCAUCUCGAUGCACUGCUGAUUAUUAUUUGAGCGUCCUUCCGGAAUGGUACGAAUGCUGGACGAACAUUGAUCGUUGCCCAGAGUAUGACUUUCUCUGGCUUGCAAUGUUCUGCCGAGCCCGCAAGCAUGUGUCCACUUCGGCAUAUGACUGGGGACCAAUCCGACGACGCAUCUUAACACACAGCCAGUACUGGCUUCAACUCCCUAUUGGAGGGGCAUCUAUGGACAAGCUCUUUCCACGGGCAGGAAAUCCUAGAUCUCGUUCCUGUCCGUCGCGGCUAAAGGAGUUUGUGGGGUCCGGAUCGUCUUACGAAGAGGGGAUUGAUUUUGUGGCCAAGGUGACAAAACUGCUGGUGGCGAGUCUCGGUGCUGGAGAAGUCAAACCAGCGUCGAGUGCCGAUACAGUGGCCAUGUCGGAGGGGACGAGAGACAUGCUGCGCUUCCUGUCUUUUGUCACACCUUAUUUCAACCCCAGCAACUUGGGUUCUUGGACAUUUACGCUCGGAGCAUUCCUUCACUAUUUCUCGUAUGAGUUAUGCUGUCGAGUUGGAAAUGCGGCGGCCAUGCAAGCAUUGAAAGCGUCCAACCCGGCUCUUUACGACAAGUUGUGCGAAGUACAGCCUUCUCUUUCGGAUUCAACGAUUCCAGAGAAAGAAAUGGUCGCCCUGAUGCAUGCAUUGCUCCCGCUUUGCCAGCAAGCAAUGUACAGCAAAAAUGGGCAUGUUGGGCGAGCCGGCGAGGCUGCCAUGUUGUACUUGAUCCAAAUAGACCCAAUGCACACGGCACCUGCUUUCAUCGACUUUGCGACUCGAGCUCUUGAUAUUUCGGCAGUCAAUCUUGCCCAUCAAGCUCCGGCGGCUCUCUCUGCACUGACACGGUUGAUUCAGCCUGCCUUGCGAAGCAACCCGUCCAUUUUGCUGGCAAGAAUCCCAGACAUUCUACGCCUAUGCUUAGCUGGAAUCGACAGAAAUGACCAGAACAAAACUAUUCGGACGUUGAUCUUGUACCGGAGCAUCACAUCGUGGAUGCCUGUGGGUGGGCAGCCAGAGAAGUGGGUAUCAGUUGAUGUGAACAAAAUAGCACAAGAGGAAACCAAUGAGUUGACAUCAUCCAACGGUACAACACACCUCGGCAGAGACCUGUUCAGGUACCUUUCUGCGGCUCACACAUCACCAGCAUACAUGGAGGCUUUGGAACAAUUGCCAACAACAUCGCUACUGAGGCAAGGAAUACCAAGCGACAAUGACACUUCUCCGGAAACCCAUAAGUUGCUCAUGGAAGAGGCAGCAGCAGCAAUGGAUGAUUGGAUUCUGGAAUUCCUCGAUAGAAUCUUCACUUUCUUGAGGGCUUCCGGAGAAAGAGAAAAGGUCGGAAAGACUUCUUCCGGUGUUGCGUCGCGCCACUCUUCAGUUGAUGUGCAGCAGGCUCGCAACUUUUCGCGUGUCCUGCAAGAGUGUCUGGCACAGGUCUUUGCCGCUUUGAAUGGAUCGGUCUUCAAUCUUGCUCUUAGGUCUGUGACCAGAUUCUUUCACGAGGAUACACUGCCGUGGGCGUCGAAGGAUGCAUCGUUUGUCUGCCAAGCCGUCGCUGGCGCUCGUGAAAUCCAGGACAAUGACGGCAAUGCGGUGCUGUCAUGUCCAGGAUUGGACGCUCUGGUGCCCAUUCUUACUGAUGAUCUUGAGCACCACUCCAUAAAAACAGUUAGUUACCGCCUCCGUUGUCUCGCCGGAGCUGUGAAGGGCAGCAGCCACGUCCUUGUGAAGCACAAGGAGGCAAUAUCAAAGUCGAUUGAUUUUGCUCUGGCAAGCACUGACAAACACCUUUUCAAGGUGGGAUGUAAAUUGCUACGACACUCUCUUGCUUCUCUUUGCGAGGCCUAUCCAGUCGCCGGAGAGAACAUGCCACGAACUGCCACUGACAACUCAUCCGCAGAUGCGCCAAGCGUGCUUGGCCGAUCGGCUCAGCUUGCUGGAGAUGGCGUGAAGUGGCAUGUGCCUAACGAGGAAGCUAUCGAGUUUGCCGCGAGUUUGGUGAACCGACACAUCUUGCAGCGACUAGAGGCUCUGAGCAAGUCAGGUUCCAACGAAGGUGGGAAUGGUACUGUUGACAUUCCUGAGCUUCGCCGAUGUUUGAGAGUAAUCCGUUACUCUCUACGAGGUGGAUCCUGCGUCUUGUUAGACAAGGAAGAGGCCGUGGACGGUGAUAUGGAUGCGACGUUAACACCGCACGAACUGGCCUCGCAGAAUAUUCUGAAGUUGGCGUCGGAGGAAACGAGACAAUCGUUGUCGGAGUUGAGAGGCAGAUUGGCUUUGUUCAUGGUGACUGUAGCUUCAAUCAUUGCGAACGAGACAUAUUCCGCAAAUGCUCCCGAGGAGGGGACACCGGCAAACGACACUGCGACCAGCGAUCGGAAAUACCAAUCUCUGAUCAGCACCGACGCGAAGAUUUGCAAAGAAACAUGCGACAUUGCGCUCCUCCUGUUGACGAGAAGAGGUGCAAACUUCCGCUCGCAAGAGGCAAGAAACAUCUGGAAGGCACAAAAACAGUCAACAACAGACUUUUCGCUAUGUGCAAUGGCCGACCACAUUGUAGAAUCUCUUCAACGCGCGGCUCUCUACUGCAAAGGUUCAGAGAUCUUCUAUAAGGAUGGAGAAGAUGCUGGGAAGACAAUUCCCCGUCGAUUGCUUGUGACCAGAGUGAAGUUGUUUCACGAUUCGCUGAAGCGCAAUGCCAGCUUCGAAAUUCCAAGACGCCUGCGAAGGCUCAACCUCAAGCGAGCUUCGUCAGGAGUAAUCAUCUUCGAUGCCACACUGAAGGCAUCGGUACUGGGUUCUAAAAUAAGCGAAAUCCUGGGGCGUGACGCUGGGAGGCCGUUGGUGGGAUACGAAGGGUUGAUGGAUGGACUUUUCUCUCUUUGCUGUCAUUCGAAUACCCAGGUUCGGGCGGCCGCAAUCAGCGUUGUCGACUAUGCCAUUACGCGUUUUGGAUGGCUUGUGAAACAGCGCGUCCCACGUUUGCUUUCUGCCAUUUCGAUGCAGGAUGUCGAAAUGCAUGGGAAGUUUGGUAUUCCUUCAACUUUCAAGCUCAAGGCCCACGUGGACGGCCAAGGGAAGCGAAAGCGGUUGGCAGAAGCAAUGAAAGGGGUGAUAUCUCUUCUCGCUUUGCCUCGGUCUGUAAAAGAAAUGAUGGCAAGCGAUAACGUCCGGUUCAUCUAUAUCAAAACUGCCUGUGGUACUGAUGAAUUGAUCUCGCUUAUGCCGACCGAAGAAACUCAAAAGAUGGUUCAUUACUUGCACAGCAUCUUCAGCAAGUUUCGGUCGAAGUUUUACAGUCUACCUCGGACCUCUCGACGGGAUCAAGAAACCCACGAUUCUAGUAUUCAUUUUUUGCUAGACUUGCUGUCAGAAAACGUGGGCACUGUGAAGGAGUCUGCACUGGUUUCCAGUGAACAAGACCAAAAGGCACCGGAUGGAACUGAUCAAGGCGGAAUUAGUGUGGCUCAGGCACACUGGAGAAAGCUUCUGCUCGUGUGCUGGUUCAUCAUGUCACAGGUCAACGUCGAUGACCUCAAAAAAGUCGACAGCGCUCUAUCGAAUAGGCUUUGGACAACAUGCUUUCGAGUGCUUGAAAAUGAGAUGGGUCAGCCCUUACAGCGUGUUGCACUUGGUUUGUUUGGUCGGUUGGUUGCGUUGACUCGCAGAGAACCUGACUUGCCGCUGCUGCGGGAAAGAAUGGUCACCGAGGAAUUUUGCAAGGUGCUGGGCAAGGCUCUUGUUUACGAUCACAAGGAGGAUUCUAGUUUUGGUGGCGGACAUGACGCGCAAUGGUCAGCUGGAAUCGAAGAUAUGAUUCGUGAUGCUUCAAGGAACGUUGCUCCGCGAACCCUCUUCCCGUUCCAACGUACCAGCCAGAGUUCAACCACAUUCAAGAUCACCCACGCACAGCUGGUGUAUACGGUUCUUGCGGGACUUGGAAAAGAGGAUGGAACCACGGCUGCAAAGUACUUGCUUGCCUUUGCGACUGAGAUUGCUGCAUCUCCCCCUAGCGAAGAUCAACGAAAUCAACAAUGCACGUCGGCUGAGAUAUUCUCAGGCGUAUGCAGAGCCAUGUUGCUGUUGCACAAUGAUGAUCCGAUCGACAUUUGGACUUCCAUCUUUUUGCCAUACCUCGAUGACGUGAUUCCGAAGAUUCCAGUUUCAUUCAUUGGGGCAUAUUUCGACGCUCUGCGAUUUGCGCUCCAGUUCUCUGCCCCCAACGCGUUCUUCCCACUGACCGCUUGGCUUUUUAAAAAGGUGGAGUCAACUUUGUGGCAGCCCAAGAGCGCGCCUCCUGAAAACGAGGCCGAAGCGAAUGGCGAGGAAAAGAAUGGUGCAGGGGGGCGCACGGAAGGUUUCACAGCACAAUCCAAAUGGCUGUAUCUUAGCUGUGCUCUUCUGAUUGAGAUUGACGAGACUGAGGUCGAUGGGAGUAUGUCCCGUGUUCCAUGGUACACGCACAGUCUUGCUGGCGACUCAGGUAUGGACACGGACGGGAAGACAGAGCAACACGCCGUGAAGGAUCUCCAGAAAUCGUGGGAUCUUGUCAAUCAAAAGUUGCUGCCUCGCUUGACGGAUGCGGUUGGUCACCCAUACGAAAGCUGUCGUGACCACAUUGCAGGCUGUCUCUUCCGGAUUUGUCACUGCCAUCGAAAGAAAAUGCGCGUCACUGCCUCUCGAUCGUUUGAUGGCGACCUUGACGAUUUAGAAGCAGCUCCUCCUGAAGACCCUGGAUCGGUCAUUGUGCGAAAGCUGUCGUCACUGGAAACAACCGACACCCUCUCUUUCAACGAUCGCUACAAUGCCUUGAUUACUACCCGCCGCUUCUUUUCCUAUUGCAUUCAUUUGGGGGAAGCAAAGCACGAGUAUUCUGAUUACAUUGUGCCUUUGCUACCGCUUGCGUUUGAGGCACUGAAAUCCAACAUCGAGGAGGGAAACGAUAACGCCGAUGCUGCUCAGCGAACAUUGGAAGCCGAGGUCGUGAAAGGAUAUCGUUACACCAUUGCGGAAUUGAGUGUGACUUCUGUGAUAUCCUACGGAGACUUCUCAGACAUCACUCGGGUUUUGGAUAUUGUCAAGGUCGCCGCCAAGCACGAGAAAUGGCAAGUACGCCAUGCUUGUGCCCAUUUCCUUCGCAGCUUUCAGGGAAGCCACAAGUUUCUCUUUAGCAGCAACCAUGCGGAUGUUACGCUUUCCACCGUCACAGCUCUUCUCGCAGAUGAUCGCAGAGAAGUUUCGUCUGCGGCUAUGGCCGCUCUUACGGGCAUUCUGGCGGCUUCUCCCGUGGACAACGUUGCCCGGAUGGUGAAGAAGUAUGUGUUGGUGGCCAAGCGUUCCUCUAUGAAGAAGAAAAAGAAGGGCGCUCCACCCGUGAAGCCCUCUGCCGACGCUGUCGUGGAUAAGGAAGCUCUUGAAAAGGAGCAAAAGAGAGCCUCCAACCAGUUGACGUCUGUGUUCUUUCUCUGCGCUUCCGUUCUGGCCCAGCCCUACGAGACACCUCCGUACGUUCCAGAAGCCUUGGCAGCAAUUUCCAAGCACUCGUUUGAACGGAAUGCGCCUCUCGGUGUGCGUGACACCGUGAAGAAGUGCUGUGCAGAAUACAAGCGAACUCACAUGUCGGACAAUUGGGAGCUGCACCGCAGCAAGUUUUCUCAAGAGCAGCUAGAGGCUCUUCAGGAUGUGGUUAGUUCGCCGCACUACUACGCUUAG